GUUUUGAGAGUGGCUGAAUGCGGACGACGAGCUCCGACUCCUCCAAGUGUAUCUGCUUCAGGGAAUCAGUCAGGACCGCGAUGGUUGUUCCUGCAGAUAUCUGUCCCUCUGCCUCUCUUGCGCAUUAACAGAUAUAUCACAGUGCAUUUCAACUUUUGUACUGCCACACAGACUAAAAGGGAAGUUCUUUUUUUCAUUAUUAUUAUCAUCAUUAUUAUUAUUAUUAUUACUGUUAUUUAAUUUUUUUAUCUCCUUUUUCUCUCUAAUAAAUAUGAAAGGACGGGUUGCUGUCACUUGGAAUUUAAUAGUCUCUGUGCCAUUCCUUAUGCUGUUUUACGAGUAGAAUAAGAAAACAACAAAAAGGUGUGACAAGAGGUUGGCGGACAACUGUGGAUUUCUACGAGUAACUCCUACCAUCCAAAUGGAUUGAGGGGGGCAUCGGCCGGACCCCCCUCUUGAUUGAUUAGUUAUUAGUCAUCCCCUUGGCUAGAUGGGACCCACUGAAAAGAAACCGUGGAACACAUACAUGAAUGAAAUAUUCCUGUGUCCCCUGAAUGUCUCCAGAGUAGUUUUGCUUAAGAGAGGGGGUCGUGGCUUAGCAAUAUAAAGAGGGGGAAACAGCAUAGCUUUAUGGGUUUAUUUAGACAGUUUAUACGGUUUGACAUUCUGCCGCUGUAAAAAGAGAGAAGGAAAAACUCGGAAGGAUCCCAAACAGAAGAACGUUUUGGACAUAUAUAUUUUUUCCACUUCUUUACUGGUUUAUUUUUAUUUUUUUCCCUCUCCUCGUAUUUUGAUUUUUUUUUUUUGUUUUGUUUUUUGCCCGAAAAAUGAAACUUUGGACAUACCCCUGGGUGUCUUGCCUGGUGAUUCUCAUCCUGUGUUUUGGAUCAGAGUGCGGGACAGUCCGGAGAAAGGGGAGAUCCAAGAGGGAGCUGGUGCGCAUUAGGGAGGCGAGAGCCACCAUCCCAGGGGCUUGUGCCACACGUCUGCCCCGGGGCAAGCGGUCUAUACCCGGGCUGGAGCGGCGGGUGCUCCGCCAGCGCCGGCGCUCCUCUCACGCGGAGGAAAACUCUCCGGAACGGGGGAAAGCGGUUUAUUUCACCGGCCGCGGAGAUCAGCUGCGGCUGAAGCCCGGCGUGGAGAUACCCAGAGGCAAUUUCACUCUGGAGAUGUGGAUCAAGCCGGAGGGAGGUCAGAGAUCGCCUACAGUGAUUGCAGGCCUGUACGACAAGUGCUUCUACGCCUCCAGUGACAGAGGUUGGCUGCUUGGGAUCCAGGCAGUCAGUGAACAUGGAAACCGUGACCCUCGAUUCUUCUUUUCCCUCAAAACUGACCGUGCUCACAAAGUGACCUCCAUUCACGCUAACGUUCGUUACGUACCCAACCAAUGGGCACAUGUGGCAAUCACAUAUGAUGGCGUGUACAUGAAGCUCUUUGUCAACGGGGCCCAAGUUGGUGUUAGUCGAGAGCAGUCGGGAGAUGUCUUCAGUCAUUUGACUAAAAAGUGCAAAGUGCUGAUGAUUGGGGGGAAUGCACUGAAUCACAAUUACAGGGGGGCAGUUGAAAAGGUGGGUUUGUGGAGGCAAGCCCAUGGGCAGAGGGAUAUUAUCAGGGAUAUGCAGGGCCACGAAGAACCGGGAGAUCUACCUCACUUAGUCAUUCGCGAAACCUUUGAACACCCAGGCCGCAAGUGGUUGACAGUAAAAGAUGGCAGUUUUCCUCAGCCAGACAAGAGAGGCACUGCACGACCAGGAAAUCUAGGUAGGGAUGGAGUCGGAAAUACUGAAGGACUAUUGGACACAACUCUAGACCCUCCAGCUUGUGGCCAAACUGUGUGCGACAAUGUUGAUGUCAUUAAAAACUACAACCUGCUCUGGACCUUCCGCAGGCCAAAGAAAGUACGAUAUCGAGUCGUAAAUAUUUGGGAUGACGCCAAGAAGAGGCCAACUGUAUCAGACAACCAAAUUAUCUUGCAACACCAGAAGCUUAAUGAUGCCUUCAGUCCCUACAAUAUAUCCUGGGAACUCAGCAUUCAUAAUGUGACCAGCUCCUCCCUACGUGACCGUUUGAUUCUCGCCAACUGUGACAUCGGCAAAAUUGGUAACGAUGAAUGCGACCCUGAAUGUAACCACCCACUGACCGGGUUUGAUGCAGGAGACUGUAUGUUUGGGCGUCCAGCCAACUGCCCUAACCACAAACUGGGAAAUGGAGUAUGUGACGCUGAAUGUAACUGUGAUCAUUACUUUUAUGAUAACGGCGACUGCUGCAAUCCCAAUGUGACAGAUGUGACCAAGACAUGCAUCAACAGCUCUUCUCCACACAAAGCCUUUUUGGAUAUGAAAGAGCUGAAAGAGAUUCUACGUUUGGAUGGUUCGACUCACCUGAAUGUCUUCUUUGCCAACUCUUCUGAUGAAGACCUGGCAGGGGUUGCCACUUGGCCCUGGGACAAAGAAGCCCUUACACAUUUGGGUGGAAUUGUGCUAAAUCCCUCCUUUUAUGGAACAUUUGGUCACACUGACACAAUGGUCCACGAGAUCGGACAUAGCCUUGGAUUAUACCAUGUGUUUCGAGGCAUAUCGGAGAUCGACUCCUGCAAUGAUGCUUGUUUGGAAACGGAGCCCUCCAUGGAGACUGGAGACCUGUGUGCCGACACCAAUCCCACCCCAAAGUAUAAACACUGCAACGAUCCUGAACCAGGCAAUGAAACAUGUGGCCAUCAGCACUUCACGCACACCCCGUUUAACAACUACAUGAGCUACACAGAUGAUGCCUGUACAAAUUCCUUCACAUUGAACCAGGUGGCUAGAAUGCACUGCUACUUGGACUUCAUCUACCAGAUGUGGCAACCAUCCUUCAAACCUCCCCCAGUGGUGAUGGCACCCCAAGUAGUUGAGCAGCAUCACAAAUCUGUUACCCUGGAAUGGUUUCCACCAAUUUCUGGACACUUUUACGACAGAGAAGUGGGAUCAGUGUGUGAUAAAUGUACUGAGGGGAGAGUUCUACUGCAGUACGCCUCUAAUUCUUCAUCUCCAAGACCAUGCGACCCUUCGGGACACUGGUCGCCCCGAGAAGCUGAAGGCCCUCCAGAUGUAGAGCAAUCCUGUGAGCCAAGCGUGCGCACGUGGAGCCCAAAUGCAGGAACAGACCAAGGUGUUGUUGGCCUGUCAGAGUGCCCUCCACAGGGCUGUAUGCUGCAACUGGAGUUCCAGCACCCAGUGGUGCCUGAUUUGUUGACUGUAUGGGUGACGUUUUUCAGUCCAGAGGAGAGCGCUCUGCCUGCUAUCCAUGACAUCUUGCUUCUGACUGUGAGUGGAAACAACAUUUCGCUGGGCCCCAGUAAUGUUUUCUGUGACACCCCAUUGACUCUGAAACUGGACGUGGAAGAAGAGGUGUAUGGUGUACAGUUUUACACAAUGGAGCAACACCUAGAGAUUGACGCAACUUUACUGAGAUCCAGACCAGACUGCAUAUUUUGCAGGCAUUGCAAACCACUUCGCUACCGCCUGUUGCGUCAACCAGCCUUCACCCAUGCCCCACACGGCCUGAUACUAAUUGAACCAAUACGCCGAUACACAGACAGGGAUGUGGCACUGCAUGUCCCAUACACCUACCAGAUCCAGACAAUCUCAAGCUGGGGUAAGAGUGAGCCCUCUCCUCCCCUUGUGCAUGAACUUGGGGGUCCCUAUUGUGGAGAUGGACGCAUCCAGAGUUCUAAAGGAGAGGAAUGCGAUGAUAUGAACUCUGUGAAUGGGGACGGUUGUUCAAGUCAGUGCAAGGAAGAACCCUUUUUUAACUGUGUUGAGGAGCCAAGCAUGUGCUACUACUAUGAUGGCGAUGGGGUGUGUGAAGACUUUGAGCGGGAAACGGGUGUGAGAGACUGUGGCCUCUAUACACCCAGUGGUUACUUAGACCAGUGGGCUUCUCGUGUUGAUGUUUCCCAUGAAGAAAAGCCAUAUUGCUCUGGGGAAGUGGCUGCUGGGUAUCCUGCUGUUACUAAGACAUGUCAAUCCAAAGUCUUUGAUCUAUCCGAUGGAGUCUCCCAGUAUGCAUGGUUCCCUUGUCAAGAGGCUUACAGGCUAACAUCGGAAUAUUCUACGUACUGGCUGAAGGCACACUUUUCUCAUCCCAUGGUGGCCACAGCAGUGAUUGUACACCUGGCUGCUGAUGGGACAAAGUUUAUUGACCAGACACAGUGCAACAUUACUGUUCAACUGGUGGACACCAAGGAUGGUAUCCAUAGUCUAGGUGAGUGGCGUCUGAGCUGCCGCACUAACCCUUUGGUGAUCCCUGUGAGCCAUGACCUGUCAGUGGCCUUUUACCACACCAAGGCUAUCCUGGUCAUGUUUGCCUGUCAAAUGGUGGCCAUCUCUGGCAUUGGCCUGCGAUCCUUCCAGUCUUUUGACCCCAUCACAAUCAGUGGUUGCCAAAGCAAUGAGAUCUACAACCCCACAGGACAGAGUUGUGUACAUUAUUCCUGCGAAGCCAUUGACUGCCAGGAACCCUUAAUACGCAAUGCAGAACUAAAGUGCAGUAGCCCCAGCCGCCAGUUCUACAACGGAGACCUCUGCACCAUCUCCUGCAACUCGGGAUAUGUCCUGCAAGUCCACCAGGAGGAUGACAUCAUCAAAACCCAGUCAGUUUCUUCAGUAACGAUAACCUGUACCAAUGGGAAGUGGAACAAGCAGGUAUCUUGUGAGCCAGUGGACUGCGGUCUGCCAGACAAGUACCAUGUUCAUCCUGCUCAGUUUAGGUUCCCAGAGGGAACUACGUAUGGCAAGAAGAUCACCUUUGUUUGUCGAGAACCUGCUCAACUCAUAGGAACCAACAACACUCUUACCUGCCAGGAAGAUGGUCUGUGGUCCUUCCCCGAGGCUCUUUGUGAGCUGCGCUGCCCAGCCCCUCCUCCUGUGCCCAAUGCUGUGUUACAAACGAAGCGUUGCAAUGAGACAGGCCUAAAAGUUGGCACCCUCUGCAAGUACAAAUGCAAGCCAGGCUAUCAUGUUACCAAUAAACCCAAAAGACGUGCAUUUAAGCGCCAGUGUACAGAGGAUGGCACCUGGCUGGAGGGGGCAUGUGAGCCGGUGACUUGUGAUCCUCCACCGCCCAUCUUCCAUGGCUCCUACUACUGCACUGAUGGCUUCCGCUUUGACAGUGUUUGCAGACUCAACUGCUCCAAUUCCUCCGGUAAUCGUGAAGGAGGCUCUGCCCAUACGGUGAGGUUGCUGCAUUCUCCCUGCAAGCAGGGCGCAGCCUCCAACAUGAUCCGCUGUAGGAAGGAUGGAAACUGGACUGGGUCAUUCCGCCUGUGCCCAAACAGCAAAGGCCAGUGCUCGUUACCUCAAAACCUUCAUUACCGCCUCCAGUACUCAUGCAAGCGAGGAUAUGGGAUAGGUGAGGAAUGUGAGCUCUCAUGCAGAGAGGGUAACAACGAAGUGGUGAUUCUCCCUAGCAACAUGACAGAAAAUUAUCUACUAGCAGAACACUGGAGGAACCCACAAAAAGUCAAGAGCAUAGUGUGCACAAUGGGACUGAAAUGGUAUCCUCCUCCUGAAUUGCUCCACUGCAUCAAAGGAUGUGAGCCAUUUAUGGGAGACAACUACUGUGAUCCAGUCAACAACCGGGCCUUCUGCAAUUAUGAUGGAGGAGACUGCUGUCAUUCCACUGUCAAGACUAAGAAGGUAAUUCCAUUCCCCAUGUCCUGCGACAUACGGAAUGAGUGCUCCUGUCGGGAUCCUAAUGCUACAGAGAACCGAAACAAUGACAAUGUCCAUUCCUUUGGGUGAUCAACCUGAGCAGGGAUCUUCAUUCACUGUUCCAGGACCCUUCCUCUAACACAACACAGCCAAAAAUGGCUGACCCAACCUUCUUCAUCCUCAUCUUAGCCCACAGUUUCCUGCACAUGCUGCUAAUAAAGGCAUACCUCUCCGUCUGUACUGCAAUCCCAAUCAGCUUCCAUCUCCUUUUGAAUUUUUUCUCUGCAAAAAGAAAAGCAACCAUCCUCAAAGAAAUAUGGUAUCAAAAAAACACGAAAGAGACAUUUUCAAUAACUCACCCAGAAUAAAGAAAAGUGUAACCAUGUCUAGGUAGCAUGUCUUUUGGUGAGUUUUGUGCUGGCUUUAGUAUUGAUUUUAGUUACCUCACUUUACAAUCACAUGACUGAACCAAAGGUAUAUCAAAACAUGCAAGAUUGGGACUGUGUCGACGCUGGCUCUGUGUUUUGCAGAUAUAUUAUGUUGAUAGAGAUUUACAGAAAUCCUCAUACACCUUGAAUGCCGGUGGAUGUGGGGAUAAUAUAACGUAGCCAUAUUGUUUUAAGCCACAGAUUUGACACAAAAAGGCAAUCUGCAAUACAAAAAGAUAUAGUCAACUAUAGAAAGAACAGUCUAGGACAAUGCUGUUUAUAGAAAAAAAAAAUCAACAUUUAAAAAUUUAGUGUGGCUCUUUCUUCUUUCUAUCCAUAAUAAAGUAGUAUGCUUAGACAGCUUUGUCUUUCUUGCUGCUCACAGCUCAUCCUAAUAGCAUUCAUUCAUUCCCUGCAUGUUCUUACACAACUCUGUCAUCUUGCAUUUAGAGAGAAAACAUGUUGACAACACCACACGUGAAAUGCACUAACAACUUAAGAAAAUCCAGAACCUCACUUGGCACCCCUCUUCUUAUGCAGCUGCCCCCGCAAAUAACUCUGUAUACCUUGAUUAUGACUUAAAGAAUGUCGUCCAUAACCUCACUUAGGAUUUGGGGUGAUUUUAGUUUCAGUCUAUACUCCUCCCUUAUGGCGUUAGAUAAAACCUUUGUUACCUCAAGCACCAUCUCAAACUGAAAACAAAAGCUGAAAGUAAAUCCAUCCCAUUCCUGUUCAGAAUGUAGUUAAUGCUUAUCAAAGGCUUGUGGCUUUCAUGAUCUCUGUACUACACACCACAUUCACACAAAUUACAGGGAUAAAGGGUUGGCUUGACUAGAUGUGUGCAACUCUAACCCUAACACUAACCCACGCCACCACUCAACCAGCCAGCAUGCUUAGCUUACACAGACUCUCUCAUGUCGCUAGGUAAUUUGCAGAGUAAUACAUUAAAAUGACAUUUGGAUGUAUAUGUCAGCACAGCAUUUCCAGUCAUAGUAUGCUUAACCCUCUGCAAGAAAACCUGCUGGGUCUAGUUUUGUUCAUUUAUUCAUUCUGCCUCCUUUUCAGUACAAAGUGCACUUCUAAACAGCAUUUUUCUGUGUUGCGUGUUCCCAUAAAGUAACUUUGUUAAACAAUAUAGCUGCUAUGAUAGAUUUCUAUUUUGUUACUCCUCUUUCCCAACUCGUGAAAACUGAUCAGUUUCAUGCAACAUUUGAUGGUGUAGUCUGCCUGGCAUCUUGGUCUAAACUUUGCUUCUUCUCUUUUGCAACAACCACAAUAAUAGUGACAAUUAGCAUGAUUGUUGAUCAUCAUUUCAUUUGAGCCAAGGUCUCUCUCUUUCUCUCUCUCUCUCUCUCUCUCUCUCUCUCUCUCUCUCUCUCUGACUCAUAUUUGGCUGCUAUGGCAUUCAUGAUGCUUCCUGUAAACACUAUCCUACAUGUCAUUUCAUAACCAAUAUUUUUGGAGACCAUUGAGAAUGCAAGAAAAUACAAAGAACAUGUGAAAAUAAUAUUUUCCACAAAAUAUCAUUUGUUUCAGAACAUGCCAUAUUUAAUCAGUGUUUGCAUAAAUGACCUCAAUUUCUGCACUUUCUAGUUAGGACAAAUGUGUAUCUUUCAAUUUUUUUUAGAAGCUGCUAUUAUCAGAAUGAUGAUCUAAGGCAAACUGCAUAGGAUUUAGCAAUUUGAUUCCCUGUGUUGCCUUUUGCUUUUCUACCAGUUGUGUUUUUACUUGGUUCUUGUACGACAUUAUGCAGAUGACACAUUGCUAUGCUACUCUGAAACCUAAAUAAGGUGUCUGCAUUGGAUGGCAGUAAUGAAGCAGGGUGGUACUCCCACAUUGAAUCAUAUAUUAAUUUAGACAUCAUUAAAAAAACAACUAGAUCUAAAGCAAUGGUUUUUCAUGACAUGUAUUAUGAAAUAUUGAAAGUUCAGACUGCAAUUGCUAUGUCUUGUGUGUUGCCUUGGUGUGCGUAUAACAUCUCAAGUCUCGGAGGCAAAGUGGAGAGAUGCUGAAGAUAGAAAAGGAAGAAACCCCUAACAAAAAGGACUCUUGAAAGACUUUGUAACUUUUGCAAAACAUGACACUUUGAGAGGACACUGAAGGCUACAGGAUCUUUGAUGAUUACAUUUAUAAACUUUAUAUGAAAAGUAUAUAUUACUGGUUAUUGUAUGUAUUCCAGAUGUAAUGUUUGUAUUUUAGAUUCUGCUGCCUCACACAUAAUCCAAACCAGUGGUGAGUGACUCACCUGGAGUCACUCCAAAUGCAUUGCUAUGCUAUGGUUCAUUAUUUGCGAUCAUGGUCAUAGAAAAGCCAUUCCAACUGUUUAAAUUAAUCAGUCACAAACUAUGUAAAUAGAUAUAAACUUAUUCUAGCAUAAUCAGCUGUCUCCUCUGCAUAAUUAUAUCAUAAUUAUGUGAUAAUUAUAUCAUAUUAUGUCAGUACCUAGAUACCAAAACAGCUGAUUGUAAUUACCACAAAAGGCAUCAGAAUGUCACUACAUCAACUCGAAAAAAAAAAUCUUCUUAAAAUUGAAAAAUUUACCCAUAAGCCAUAGCUAUCAAACACAGUCAUGGGUGAAAGUAUACAUUUGUGCAUCAGAUGAGGACAUCUCCUGUCUACUGUAGUCAUCACAUGAUCCCUUUGCUGUACCUCAUGCCUGAAAUCUUUGCUGCUUCUAUAGUUUUGGUAUUGUAGUGACAUUUUGAGUCUCAUAACAAUGGUGUAAAUAGUACAACUAUUUAUUGAGAGUGUUAUACUUUUUUAAGUUAUAUUUAAGUUCCAUUUAAAUUAUUUUUUACAUUCAUAUAUUAAUCAGCGCAUUAUAUGUUGUGAGUCAUUUUGUCUCCGUCUUAACAAUCUAUCAAUUGUGAUUGUUGGUGUCAGGCACUGAUCAGACAUAUACAGUUCAAGUUUGGUUGUCAAACAUGAUAAUAACCAAUCAAUGGUAAUUAUGCGUAGAUGGAUGCUGCUUACAAAAUGGUAUUUUUUUUUAAUUAAAGCCAGAAUUGCGUUUAUUUUUGUCUUUCUGUUUAAAAAAAACCGCACAUGAUAGCCAUAUGUACAAGGAAUGCUUAAAAACCGAUUUACAACGAAAUGCAUCAUUGCUCAUUAUACAACAAUAUAUUUCCAGCUGAAGGCAGAGAGAAAAGAGACUGACAAUUAAGGAGAAGCAAAGAACUAGAGGUUAGAUGACAUCCAACAGUGAGUGUUCUUGGACAGGGAAAUGCAGAAGGUGGAUAGCCAGUGAGAGAGAGAGAGAGAGAGGGGUAUUUAAGGAUGGGCUGCUUUUCCUGGCCUGUCGAGCUGUUUGUCCAGGUGUGAAAGUGUGUACUCACAGAGGCUGCCCCUGGGCAAAGAGCAGCCAGCCUGAAUGGUAACACGCUAAGGCCAGUGAGUCAGAGUUUCUACUGGGGAUGGCAGCCAUCCCACGAUGGGACUCCUACCUUCACUCCCUUCACCUCACCUACCUCCAUCUCCCCUCUAACUCAACACUCGGCCUCAUCUGUCACUGUCAGGUAUGCCUUUGUGGGGCAGCCAGGGUCGAGCUUGCCCUGUGAAAAUGAGAGGGGAUAUUUGCCCAGCUUACAGAGCCAUUUGAAGUUAAGAUGAAGGAAUACAUUUCUUAACAUCUACAGUCUAUGCUUCUCACACCAUAGGAAACCAAACCAGUCUUCUUGUUUGACAGGUUUUGAUAUCUCUGUGUUCACCACCAAGAGUUACUCCUGUAGUUGAAAUUAGACACCCUUUGUUUUUCUUGUCUACAUAUGUCAGACAUUUCUGUUGAAUUCAUCAAAAAAGCAGAGAGAAGAACUGCAGUGUGUAGCCCUAAUGUUUCUGCUCUAGUCUUUGAAAUAAAGGGUCAUGGUGUUUUCCAAAAAAUUCUUUGUGUGCUGUAACACAUAAAGUACCUCUCACAAGCCUUUAGCUAUAGAUUAGUCAUAUUAUGUCUGUUUCCUUAUCCUUCAGUGAGUAACAAAAAGUUGAAGUAUAGUUUUUUUUUCUUACAUAAAAAAUACAAAGAUAUGUACUUGCAUAUUACAUGGAUAUUUAGUGGUAUUAUUGUAAUGUUCCAUACCCAACGGCUCAACAAACAUAUUUUAAGAUGUAAAUAUUGAUAUUACCUAAUGAUUGUAUUCAAAAACUUGUACUAACUGUUUGAGAAUAGCUCUUGGAUUGAUUUUUAUCAUAAAUAUAACAUAAAAAAAAAAUAUCCGUGAAAUGUAGUGUCAAAGUAUCACCUGCAAAGAAAAAAAAUGAUCAAAAAAAGUAGUGAUGCUUUACCACACCACUUGCUGUCAACAUUUAUUUGUUCAUAAUGACCUAGUGUAAGCACUGUUGUCAGAUGUAUAAACCAUGAUAUUAUCUGUUGAGUCAUAUAUUAUUUAUUUGUUGUCAAUAAAAAAAUAAAUAAAAAAAUAAUCAGAACAGUCA